GGCGCAACUGGAAAAGUUCAAUGUAACAGACCUGUAUGGGUUCCCCAUACGACUGGAUGUGCAUGGACUGAACAGUCGACGCACAUGCGAUGCACGCGACGAGCGCCAACUGGAAAGCUGGAAGCCAUACGUGGAGAAGAAACGGUUGCCUAAAGAUAAGGAGAAGCUGAAGGAAAUGAUUCGCUCUGGUGUACCCCCCAACCUGCGGCAUUGGGUGUGGAUGGAGACUAGUGGGGCCAACAAGAAGAAGGCGGGACAUGCAGACUCCUACUACUCCCUCUUUGUCAAGGCCGGGGAGGACUCGCCGUACAAAAAAGACAUUGAAAUGGACGCCCAACGCACCUUUCCCACGCACCCCUGGCUGGCUAGUGCGGACGGUCGGGCGGCGCUAACAC